CCCGCACUGCCCCCGAUCUGGGGGCGUAGCCAGGCCAAGCGGGGCAGUCCGGAAGCGGAAGGGAAGGGGCCUGAUGGUAGGCGGAGACCGGAAGUGUGGUGUCGCUAUGGCGGAGCUCUACGUGAAGCCGGGGAACGCGGCGCGUGGCUGGAACGACCCUCCGCAGCUCUCGUACGCGCUGCAGGCCCGGGGCGGCCGCCGGGGCCCGCUCACCCGCAGGGCGCAUGCGCCGCCGCCCGCCGCCGCCCCAGCUCCGGAGGACGCCGCUCCCCCGGCCUCGAGUCCAAAGCCCGUGGGGCCCCCGCCGCUGGGGCCGGCGAGCCCGGCGCUGCGGGAGGGUGCCGUGAGCCGAGUCACCAGCGGAGCUGCGGAGGAGCACGACGGCAGCAGUCCGAGUGCGGAGGACGUGAUGGCCCCUCUAAUGGAGGCUCUGGGCACCUGCCGGGCCUGUGUGCGGAAACAGGUUUGUGAUGACAUCAGCAGACGCCUUGCUGUGCUUCAGGACAUGUGGGCCCAGGGGAAGCUGUCUGCCCCUGUGAAGAAGAGAAUGGCCAUCCUGGUGCAAGAGCUACAGAAGAAGAACUGGGACUCCGCAGAUGAAAUCCAUCGCUCGCUUAUGGUGGACCAUGUCAAUGAAGUCAGUCAGUGGAUGGUGGGAGUUAAACGCUUAAUUGCCGAGACAAGGGACUUGCUCCCUGGAGUUGUGGCUGCAGAUACUGAAGAAAUUGCUGGAGCUCAGCCAAGUGGAGAAGCUUAGUGAGAUGGGCAAAGCCAUGGGGACUUGAGCUGCACCUGGGCAAACUACACUCUGAGGUAUUGGGAACAUUAUACAGCACUAGUGGAAGAAGGAUGGGACUCCUCCAUCUCCCUCUGCUGCUCCAAGGACCUGAUCCAAGACAUAUUCUCCAAGGGGAGCUUUUUAAUUACCAGUUCAUCUUGUGACAAUGUGCUGCACACUAUUUAAUAAUAGUAAUAAAAAAUAUCAUUCCUCUA